AUGGCACCGGUUAUGAAGCCUAUAGACGGAGAACCCAAGAAGCGUGUCUGCUACUUCUUCGAUUCGGACGUGAGUGGAUUCCAUUAUGGGCCCGGUCAUCCGAUGAAGCCUACACGGAUCCGGAUGUGCCAUUCACUGGUAAUGAACUAUGGCCUCUACAAGAAAAUGGAGAUCUUCCGUGCCAAACCUGCGACGAAACGCGAGAUGAUGCAGUUUCACUCCGACGACUAUGUCGAAUUCCUCAGUCGAGUCUCGCCCAGCAGCAUGGGCAAUUAUACGAAGGAACAGCACAAGUACAAUGUCGGCGAGGACUGUCCGGUUUUCGACGGCUUGUUCGAGUACUGCGCAAUAUCAGCGGGAGGCUCUAUGGAGGGCGCUGCUCGAUUGAGUCGCGACAAAUGCGACAUUGCAGUCAAUUGGGCGGGCGGGCUCCAUCAUGCAAAGAAAAGUGAAGCCAGUGGCUUCUGCUACGUCAAUGAUAUUGUGCUAGGCAUACUUGAGCUGCUGCGAUACCACACGCGUGUCCUGUACAUCGACAUCGAUGUGCACCAUGGAGAUGGUGUCGAGGAAGCCUUUUACACCACAGAUCGUGUGAUGACCUGCAGUUUUCACAAGUACGGAGAGUUCUUCCCGGGAACCGGCGGACUGCGGGAUGUGGGCGUUGGUAAGGGCAAGCACUACGCUCUCAACUUUCCCCUUCGGGACGGUGUCACCGAUGAGAGCUACAAGAGUGUAUUUGAACCGGUAAUCCGAUCUGUCAUGGAACACUUCGACCCAGGCGCUAUCGUUUUGCAGUGCGGUACCGACUCGCUCUCCGGUGACAGAAUAGGCAGUCUCAACCUGUCCAUGAAAGGCCACGCCAGCUGUGUGCAAUUCGUGAAGUCCUUCAACAAGCCAUUACUCAUCCUCGGGGGUGGCGGUUACACUAUGCGUAAUGUCAGUCGGUGCUGGGCAUACGAAACCGGUCUCGCCGCUGGCGUCGAACUCGGUUCAGAAAUACCGAUGAACGAAUACUACGAGUAUUUUGGACCGGACUAUGAACUCGACGUGAAGCCGUCCAGCAUGGAGGACAUGAAUAGUCCUGGCUAUCUGGACCGUGUCAAAGGCAUCGUACUGGAACAUCUCAGACAUGUUGGCGGGCCACCGAGUGUUCAGAUGCAAGGUCGGCGAGACAUCCUCGAGUUCUAAUAAUCAAGUUGACAGGAGAUUAGAUGUACCCCGGAUGCCCUUGGACGACCUCGUAGAUGAUCUAGACGAGGACGAAGACAUGAUCUCUCGAGACGAGCGGCGUCCGCGGCGUUUGUUAGAUGCAAGGCGUCAAGCCGAUGGCGAAUUGUCUGAUUCCGACGACGAGGGGGAAGGCGGCAGACGCGACCGUGCCAGUCAUGCCGAGCGCGAUAACGUGGCCACUGGGAC